AUGGAAAUCCGGUGCUGUUUGUGUCUUGAAGGUACAAGAAUCAUAUUCGAAGACGAUUAUGGUAAUGAUCCAAGCAGUGCAUACAAGUGUUUUCAAGGCACGGUACACGUGAAGCGCGCUGCGUUUUAUGUGGCCGUUUCGGCACUCAUACUGUGCUUGUUUUCCUCGAUUUGUAUGUUCUUCGGCGUGUAUUCUGUGAAUCUUUGGCUGGAUAUUUUUCUAAUCGUUAUGAACACAAUUGUGGCUAUUUGCGUUCUUGUUGGACUGUACUUCGACAAUCCGGCGUACCUCAUUCCUUUUAUUGUAAUUGAGAUUUGCCAGUGUGUUGGUUUUUUUCUUCUUGCAACAUAUACGCUAUAUUAUACUAUUGCGAUUAAAAAGCAACGCUUCUAUCAGAAAUUUGAUCAAAUCCUGAUGGUUGUCUCUAUAUAUCUUGGUAUUCUUGUAUGUGCACAAGCAACAUGGGUAACGAAUAGAUGCUAUCAUUAUCUUCGAUCCAGACGACUUCGUCCAACAUGUGACGACGUUACGCACUCGUUCUGGGGUUAA